AUGCAGAAAUACUGCUUGUUAACGUCGAAGUUGGCGCUUCUUGCUAGCAUCGAAAUUGGCUCAGUCACCGUGCUGCUUGCUAGCGUUGAUGUUGCCUCAGGCGAUGCUAAAGUGCUGCUUGCUAGCGUUGGUGUUGCCUCAGUCGAUGCUAAAGUACUGCUUGCUAGCGUUGAUAUUGGCGCUGUCUAUGCUGAAGUUCUGCUUGCUAGCGUUGUUGUUGGGUCAUUCGAUGCUGAAGUACUGUUUGCUAGCGUUGACGUUGGCUCAGCCACAGUGCUGCUUGCUAGCGUUCUUGUUCGUUCGGUCGAUGCAGAAAUACUGCUUGCUAGCGUCGAAGUUGGCUCAGUCACAGUGCUGCUUGCUAGCUUUGUUGUUGGCUCUGUCCGCGCUGAAGUACUGCUUGCUAGCGUUAUUCUUAGCUCUGUCGGUGCUGAAGUACUUCUUGCUAAGGUGUUGGCUCUGUCGAUGCGGAAGUACUGGUUGCUAGCGUUGUUGUUAGCUUUGUCGAUGUUGGAGCACUGCUUGCUAGCGUUGUUGUGGGCUCUGUCGGUACUGAAGUCGUGGUUGAUAGAGUUGCUGUAG